AUGGACGGGAGGAAGGCUGCUGGGCCUCCCGACUCUACGGUUCUGUUCCGGCGGCCUUUUGACAAUGACACGAUAUCCAUCGUCGUCUUCUUGAGCUCCGUCGACCAGUGCCCGUACUUCUUGAUGAGGACCAUGCAGGACAACACCCCGUGGUACUCCAUGUUUGGUGCCCAUGAGCUUUGUAUCGAGCGCGAAGGAAGUGCUCUGCAACUGAAGAGGUGGAGUCGCUCGGAGCAAUGUAGCAAGCUUUGGGUGGCACUGUAUUUCCUGACCUGGGAAGAGAUGAUAUUGUUCUAUUGCACUUUCGUCGCCCUCAAGGCUCGCAAUUUAUUGACUGUUCAAAUCCACCCAAAUGAGUUCCAACUGCGCCGGGAGAAGCGGUUGUUCCAAGCGUAUGCCCCUGGUACUCUAUAUGGCCCGGGCUUAGGAUCUAACGGCGAAUAUGGCUAG